AUGACACUAUUGAAGGGCUACGGAUAUAGUGGUAGCAGUGAUUGGGAGAGGACCACCUUUCACGAAAGUAUCAACGAAACCUUUGCCACUCUGACCAGUCACAUUCUCUCGACAGCGCCAGCCAUUCAGUGGAGCUCACCACAGCAAUAUUUUGGUACCAUCAUCUCCAGUGGCCUCAUCCUAGAAUUCUUCGUCAUGAACUUGGUGCUUAUUAUUGUGGCCAAAGCGCCUGCCUGGCUUAGCGACUACUUUGCCUCAGGACAGACGCCCGUCUUCGAUGUGAGCAGGCAUAUUGCUGCAUGGCCUGACCCAAGAAACACGCAUCCAGUCUCCCAACUUCAAGUUUGGAGUCUCCUCCACUGCACUACCAUCAAUUUCUCUUCUGUGGCAACCAUCGCAAGACAGACGAAAUGA